AUGUCUAAAGUCGUGCGGAGUGUGAAGAACGUCACAAAGGGUUAUUCCUCAGUGCAGGUCAAGGUUCGAAAUGCCACUAGCAAUGAUCCCUGGGGCCCUACGGGCACCGACAUGUCCGAAAUCGCCGCCAUGACUUUCGGGAGUCCGAACGAGUUCUACGAAAUCAUGGAUAUGCUUGACAAGCGACUCAACGAUAAGGGCAAGAACUGGCGCCACGUCCUCAAGUCACUAAAGGUCUUGGACUACUGUCUCCACGAAGGCUCCGAGUUGGUCGUCACAUGGGCCCGGAAAAACGUCUAUAUUAUCAAGACUCUGCGCGAGUUUACAUACGUCGAUGAGGAUGGAAGGGAUGUUGGCCAAAACGUCCGGGUGGCCGCAAAGGAAUUGACUGCACUGGUGCUGGAUGAAGAUCGUCUGCGCAGUGAACGAUCGGAUCGCAAACUCUGGAAGACUCGUGUUAACGGAGUUGAGGAAAGCUACGGAAAUCCCGGCGGGGAACCGCCGCGCAGAGAACGACGCCGACGUAACGGAGAUGAUGACUCCGACACCGAAUAUCGCCUAGCUAUUGAGGCCAGCAAGGCCGAGGCCGAGGAAGAGCGCAGGCGACGGGCCAGGGAGACAGCGGGAACCGAGGAUGACGAGGAUCUUGCCAAAGCCAUCAAGCUUAGCAGAGAGGAGGAGGACCUUCGAAAGCGUGAAUUGGAAGAGAGCAACGCCCACUCCCUCUUCGACGACACCCCAGCUCAACCUCAGCCAACCGGGUUUAAUCAGGGCUACCAACAACAGGGUGCCGUGGAUUGGUUUGGUAACCCCAUCAAUGCGCAGCAGCCUUUGUCAACUGGCUACCUGAACAACCAGUACGCACAGCCGACGGGGUUCCAGAACCAGCCUACCGGCAUGAACAACCCUUACGGCAAUGGUUAUCCAGCACAGCCGUCGGCCUUCGAUCAGAACGCUUACGGCCAGCAGCAAAGCAACUUCUUGCAGCCGCAAGCCGCUCUCCAGCCCCAGCACACGGCAUUCAACCCCAACAACCCCUAUGGAACGGAUGUCUUCUCGCAGCAGCAACAACAGCAGCCACAGGAGAAUUACCAGAAUGCUGGAAGUAACAACCCAUGGGCCGGCAACCAGCAACAGCAGCACUUGCAACCCGCCGAUGCACUCAAGCCGAUGCCGACAGGAUCAAACAACCCCUUCGCUCAGCGUACUCAAACACAGUUCAACAACCCUGCACAAACAGGCCCACCAUCACUCAAUGCCUUGUCGGAGGAUCGUGCAACGAACCAGUUCGCCCAGAAUAAUGCGCAGUAUGGCCAGAGCUCGAUGUUUAACCAGCACAAUCCCAUCGCCAACUUCCAAGUCCCACAGCCACCGAAGAGUACCCCGCCCCAGGACCCCCACCAUGCUCGUCUCAAUGCCCUUCUCUCGACAGGCGAAGGCCAGGAUACCUUCGGCAAUGUUGGAGAUCUUCGCAUCCCCGCACAGCAUACUGCACCUGGCACGUUCGUCAACUCUGCUGGUCAGGGUUUGGACCGCCUGCACGCCGCACCAACCGGAAACCCAUUCUUCAGCCAGCAAUUUACAGGCAUGCCGCAACAGACAGGCUAUGUGCAGCAGCAGCCUGCUAAUAACAAUCCUUGGGGAGGUCAGCAGCAACAACAGCGCGGUGGUAGCUUGAUUGAUCUGUAG